CUCCGCCUCUGGCAAUUCAGAAGCCUGUGGAUAGUGUUUACCGUCCUUUAUGUAAUUGUAGACACUGGAAAAAUGUAUGAAUUAUAUAAUCACCGGAUUAAAACAGAGAUUUGUUGUUACGGAUUUUUCUACUUGUAUUUUUACUUUGGUGGAAUCUUGUGCUUUUUCAGAAUGUUCUAAUCUAAGCUGUGCAGUGACAGAGUAACUAUAGCAGUGCAUAAUUUACUGCAACCCACAGUGAGGAGGAGGAGGGGGUGAGAAAUACUACCAAAGCUUGAGGUAAAGCUGCAAUGCAAGCUGGGUUGUGUAGUUUUUAGGCUUCAGCAGACACGUGAGCUCCCUGUGUUGCCAGGGGUAACCACUCUGUAGCUUCCUGCACAGGCACUUCAAAUUACUCAGGAUUUUAAAACUGGGACCUGAAGACUGAAAAAAGGACUAGCUCCCACUUAACUGGUGUAGAGCACAUUCGUUAAACUCUCAGGGGCAAAUUCACGAAAGGGCGAAGUGGCCGUCGCUAGCGAAAAUUCGACAGAAAUCCAAUCUGCAGGGACAUCGCCAGUUUACUAAAAGAUCAAAAAUAAUGGAACAGUUUACUGUUUCUGACAACCUGCUUGAACAAACAGACAUGCUGUUAAUGGAAGAAGAUGAAGAUCUUGAUGAUUACUUCUUGGAUGGAAAUGAACAGAUGAUGGAAAAUGAACAUAAUGCUGAGUUUACAAUUGCUAGAAGCCAAUCUGAAGAGCUUUUUCAUGAAAUAAGUGACAGCUAUGAAUCAGAAUCUAGCUGUGAAAAUGAGAUGUACCCUACAGACAAAGAGGAGUUUAUGACAAAGAGCAGUUAUAUAGAUAAUGUACAGACUUUCCGUCUACGCAAGAGACUAAACCAACUGGACAAUAUUCACAAGGAAAAAGAAUUAAUGAUUCAGAAAAUCAGAGAAGAACUGACUGCAUGUAGAGAAAGGAUUCAGACUCUAAAACAAGAAAAAUUUAAUGCAGAGAGAGAAAUUUUGGAAGAGCAGAAGACUAACAAUGUUGCUGCUGUGUCUCGCCUACAGGCUUUUCAGAACCGUCUCUUCAAAGAGUUAGACAACGAAGAAGUAGUGGCAUCUACAUUGGCCACUAUGCUGAAAGAAAAUGAGUUUGACCUAUGGCAAAUAGAAGUUGAGCAUGGGAAAUUUGACAGCCUUCGCGAGAGACUGGAAAAAAAUGAGGAAGAACUAGAAAGGCAGGAAAAGGAAAGAGCAACCCUGCGUGCUGAGAAGGAGAAAAUCUCACUGACCCUUACAGAGCGCAAGAAACAGAAAGAGCAACUACGAGAAACAAAAAGACUGAAGGAGCAAGAAGUACACUAUCGAAAGGUGAUGGAGGAUGCCCAGAAAAACCAUGUGACUGCUGUUCAGUUUCUGAAGGAAACAAUGACAAGAGUUCGUGAACUAGAGAGCAAAAAAGAAAUGAGGAGCAGAGAGGAAAUGGAAAGAAGAAUGCAAUCAGUACUCUCUCUUAAAAACAGCAUUUCCACAAACAGGGAAAAUAUGCGUGUCAUUGAGGCUCGUAAUAAAGCAGAAGCUAUGAAGGCAAAGAAGCAGGAGAUAGUGGAAAAGGAGGCUGUGCUUAACAGAGGUGAAGAUGUUACCAAAUUUAUUAUCCAUCAGAAACGACGGAAAGAGUUUGAGAAAAAGAAACAAGAAUUUGAAGAACAACAGAGAACACGAAAACAAGAAAUUAUUAGUAGAAUACUGAAAGAAGAAUCCAUCCAGGAAAAGCAGAAACAGCAGUUGUCUUCCUUGGACCUGAGCAAGGGCCAUAGAAGCAGCAAACUCCGUGCCAAGACCAUGCAGUACAUUAAAUCUGUCGUCUAUACUGAGCCAGAAGAGGAAAAGGAUCACCAGGGAAACUGGCGUUCGCCUUCACCUUUAUCAGUGUCCUCUGAUGAGGAGACAAGCAGCAGCAGCAUCGGGGAGAAGUAUCCAGAUGUACCACCAGGACUUACAUAUAGUACUGAAGAAGAAGAUGCUGAAUCACUUGCUCAGCCAGAGUUUGUGGGAUUGUGGAGUGAAGACUAUAAGCCAUACAAGGUCCCAAAGGAAGAGCCUGAUAUGAACCAACAGGGAGGCAGCAAAAUGGAGAAGCAGAUCAUGGCAGAGAGGUUACAGAAGCUCCGUAGUGGAAUUAUUGAAAAGCAGGUGGUCUCGGGACAUGAGUUUAAGGGGUGCCCCUUUCAUAGUAAACCAAACCUUGUUCAUUUUAAGGAUCUUGAUGUGGGUAAAAUUUACAGGAAAAGAAUAACUUUGACCAAUGCAUCAUAUGCAAUUAACUUUUGCAAGUUGGUGGGAGUCAGUGAGCACUUGAAGGAUUUCAUUGCUAUACAAUUUGAUCCACCUGGGCCAAUGUCUGCUGGAAUGUCAUGUGAAAUGGUAGUAAUAUUCAAACCAAUGAUAAAUGAAGACUUAGAAGGAGAAGUGAACUUAUUGGCCCAGACUGGUCCUUUUUGUAUUCCAGUAAAAUGCACAACCAAAAAAUGUGAGCUGGCUUUAGAAAAAGAACAUAUUGACUUUGGUACACAUGUGGUUGGAGAGACAGUAAUCCAGGCUAUAGCCUUGACAAACCGUGGAGCUCUUGGAACAAAAUUCUCUAUUCACUCAUUGAUUCAUGAUAGCAAUACACGUGAUGCAGAGGCAGCACACAUACCUUACAUGACAGAAAUAGUAAGUGCUUCUCCGCCAUUGCACGAAGAGACUGAUACAUUCCUAGUAUCAACAGAACAAGACCAUUCUGGUAUCCAACAAACUGAAGCUCAAAAAAGAGAGGAGCACCAUGAGAGUUCCCAGUCUAAAGAAAAAAGUAGUCUCACAGCAACUAACAAAGCAACUGAAGAGCAUAUUAAAGAACCAGAUGCAGCCUCUGCAAUUGAAGGUGAUGUCUUGGAAGUAUAUUCUGAAGAGGGAGUAACUGAAAUCAAACUGGGUGAGAUGACGGAAGGUGAAAUAGGACCUUUGAGCACUGUAAAAAUCCCAAUUAUUUUUACUCCGAUGAUUCCUGGAAAAAGCAUUGCACAAUUUGAAAUUACCUUUGGUAAUGCCAGCUGUAAAGCAAUUCAUGUCUUGGUUACGGGUGCUGCUAUUGAUGUACCUGUCUAUCUUCCAAAUUCAAACAUCGAUUUGAAGAUAUGCACAUAUGAUCGAUUAUAUCAAGACAGCAUCAUGGUUCACAACAGAGCAAGGACCGCCCUACGUUUAAAGUUUGAAGUAUGUAAGGAAUUGAAAAACCAUAUGGAGUUGCUUCCCAAAACUGGUUUCAUCCAAGCACAGUCUUCAUUCAGUGUGCAGCUCAAGUUCUUACCCAGACUUUCUCUCCAAGAGGACGCCAGCACUUGCUUUGACAAGGAUACUGGAGUUUUGGAAGCCCCGAUGACCAUAUCAGUCGCUGAUCAGACCCGGCCUGUUCCUUUUACAGUUCAUGCGAUUGUUACCUCUUCAGAUCUAGAAAUCAGCCCAGCUGAAGUGGAUUUUGGAUACUGUACAAUUGUAGAAGCUGUUCAGGCAUCACUUCAACUAACAAAUAAGUCUAUACUACCGCAGGAGUUUGGAUUUGUUGGAAUUCCAGAGUACGUAGAGAUUCAGCCUAAUGAUGGAUUUGGAACUCUGCUCCCACUGGAGACUGUGAAGUUGGAUGUUAUAUUUAGAGCAGAAAAAGCCAAAGAAUAUAAAUUUGAACUAACGUGCAAGUCUGCUAUAAACAGGCAAUUUAAAGUCUCUUGCAAAGCCAUUGGAGUCCAUCCACCUUUAGCGUUGUCUCACUCUUUAAUACAAUUUCCUGCAACAGCUUUAAACGAUGUCUCCAUGGCAACAUUACACGUUAUCAAUUCACAUACCAGUCGCAAUGAGUUCACCCAUCCAGUUCCAAGAAUUGGUAAAGGGGACAUUGCUCCUAUUGGACCUACAUCAUUUGAGUUCCAUGUACCAGAAGAUUAUCCAAUCACCAUUUCCCCAGCAGUCGGCACUGUUCUCCCAGGGCAGAGAUGCAAGAUCCAGGUAUCGUUCCAGCCUUUACUUUCACAAAAUGAAAUCAGGGAGGAGGCAAUAUGGAUUAUACAUCGGGCUGCUGAAGCUAAAACCACUAUGGAAACAGAGGCCAAACUAAUGAUGGAGAAAGAAAUACAGGAUAAAAAGGAAAAAAAAAUAAUGUCUGGUAAGAAGGAGAAAAAGACUCUUCCUUCCCCAAAGCAACAGCUAAAAGAAAAGGUCCCACAGCUGAUGCAUUCUGUUUCUACAGAAUUACCAAAAACUGAAGAUUUAAAAGUCAACUCUGAUGAAUAUGCUGCUGGUCGAGUGUCCAUCUAUCGAAGAUUUAUGGGCAAGUUUGAGCGAUAUGUUAUACCGUGUUUUAUUGCCAAUGGUGACACCAGCAAAUCCAAAGAUGAGAAUUUCCAAUUCAGCCAUCACAACACCUUGUAUCUGGAGCUACACUGUCCGGCUAUAGCACCCCCUAUUAUCAUUACCUCUGAAAAUGGAAGGCAUCUUAUUGACUUUGGAGAAAUAGCAAUAGGUCAGAGGGUUGUAAAAAGAGUGACCUUGCAAAAUAUCUCUCUGGAGCCAGUGGAACUUAGUGUUUCCCUUUUAAACCCCUGUGGGCCUUUCAUGCUGUUGAAUCCUGUUUCCAUGGUGGAGCCAGGUGGUAACUGCCACCUUCUUAUUGCAUUUUUACCUGAUGAAAAUAAAAUAUUUUUUGAAAACAUGAAAGUUAGCUGCAGACAAGCUGCCCUGUCGCUCUGUAUCAAGGGCCGUGGUUUAACACCUUCUGUGUCCUGCUCCCUGGAAGGCGGAACUCUGGACAUGGGAUAUGUUUUAGCAAAUGACAGUAACAUCACAACAUUUAAGCUGCAGAACACUUCUACAGUUCCAGUGACUUAUUCAGUAAAACUGAGCAGCCUUUCUGAGAGCAGAUACACUGAACUCCAGAAGCUUCCUCAUUUUAUUGCCUCUCAUGAAAGGCCGGCAGGUUUAGUAGGAACUCAGAAUUACAAUGGUUUCAGUGUUUUCAGUGUAUAUCCUGUAGAGGGAACUAUUCUCCCAGAAAAGACACAAGAUCUCACUGUUACUUUCAGCCCUGAUCAUGAGAGUAUUCAUUACUCUGAUGUUCUGAUGGUGGAGCUAUUUGGUAAGCUUAUCGCUCACACUAUCCGGCUGACGGGUGCAUGCAGAAAUCAUAUCAUGUAUGUAGAAGGAGGCGAGCCACUGGAUGUUCCAGUUGAAUCUCUGAGCACAGUUCCAAUGGAAGAAGAAGAUUCAAGUGAUUUAGUGAAAUCAGUUCUCCUGAACCUUCAUUGUUUCCAGACUGAAACUGCUUUCAAACCAGGAGUCAGGGAAUUGCAUGUUGGCUGUAUACGCACUUCAUCAUUACCAACAAAAAAGAGUGCAGAAUUCUUCUGGGAAAACAUGCAGAUAUUACAGCAGAAAGGAUUCUCUAUUGAACCAGCUAAAGCAAUGGUAGAGCCAGGACAACGGAAAUCAAUAUCUAUACAAUGGACUCCGCCUGCUGGAUAUGAUCCAAUGACUCCUGCCAGAACCACAGCCAAACUGACUUUGAAAGGAGACAUCACGGAACAGUAUCGGGUUAUUUUGGCCACCCAGGUUGUGCAAGCCUGAAACUAUAGAGGAAAUUGGUACAUACUAAGCACUUUAUUCCUGAAUUUGCACAAUACAAGAAAAACAAGCCCUCCUUCCAAAUUCCAGCAUUCAUUCGAAAUAAAAUCUAUAUAAAGAAAGUAGUAUUUUCAUUGAAUUCUGAAUUGCAUGGUGGCAUGUCUAACGAUCACUCAGUGAAACUGAUGUCACAUGACAAGGUGUUUAUUUUGUAUGGGGACAGACAAUAUGUAAAAAUAUCUUUUGCGCAUACCAAAUAUUCCUUUUAGGAGAAUAUGGGUUAUAACUAUUCAUAUCCUUUCUCUGACAUCCUCAGGGUAUAAUGGUGAUUGUGCAGAUUUUUUUUCUUAUAAAACGCAGGAUUUUUGCUCUUACAGUUUUCUUAAAAGGGUGGUUCACAUUUAAGUGAACUUUUAGUAUGUUAAACAAUGGUAAAUUCGAAUGAUCUUCAUUAUUUAUUUUAAUCGUUUUUGAAUGAUUUUUUCUUC